CUCAAUUUGAUGAUCUUCUUAUCCAUUUUCCGUUCAUCUAAAUUCCGAUGGACAGUGAAAUAUUUUGGAUUAUUAUAUAAUAGCCUUUCAACUCAUCCUCUUUCCCUCCUCUACACCAACUAACUCUUCAACUCAAGCCAAAGCAGGCUUGGAGGGGCAAGUGGAAUGAAAUUCGUGGUUGGCCAGUUAAUGUGACUAGUAGCCAAUGGGAGAGUCAGGAGACGACGAGGCUAGUUAUAGAACCAAAAACAAACAUCAGAUUGCCCCUGCUACUGUCAAGAAAAGAUGGGCUCGAUCAGUUCCUGUCAAGGAUGUUUCUCCAUAUAACCAAAAGAAGACACACCCCACUCUAAGUUCUGAAGAUGUACAAAGUGAAUCCAGUUGUUUAGAUUGCACGUCCAGCGAAAGUUGUGGAAUAGUGCGCUCAAGAACAAAAUUGAUGAACAUAUUGAUAGAAAGAGGGAAACCUCAGGGAGCACAGAACAUUUUUGACAAUUUGAUCGCGGAGGGGCAUAGGCCCUCUCUAGUAACAUAUACAUCCCUGCUGACUGCAUUGACUGUCCAAAAGCGCUUUAACUGUAUAUAUUCAGUUAUACAAAUGGUGGAAGAAAAAGGAAUGAUUCCAGACUCUAUAUUUUUCAAUGCUGUUAUCAAUGCUUUCUCCGAAGCUGGUAAGGUAGAAGAAGCCAUGCUAACUUUUAGAAAAAUGAAGGCUAGUGGACUAAGGCCAAUUACAAGCACUUUCAACACUUUGAUAAAAGGAUAUGGCAUUGCUGGCAAGCCUGAAGAAACUGUACAACUGCUGGACUUGAUGUACAGAGAGGAAAAUUUAAAACCCAAUCUGAGAACUUGUAAUGUACUUGUCAGAGCAUGGUGUAAGAAGAAGAAAAUCUCAGAGGCAUGGAAUGUAGUGCAAAGCAUGGCAUCCCUGGGAAUCAAACCUGAUGCUGUUACUUACAACACCUUAGCAACUGCUUAUGCCCAGAAUGGAGAAACAGAACGGGCUGAAGAGAUAAUUGAAGUAAUGCAAGAUAAUAACGUUCAACCUAAUCGACAAACUUGCAACAUUGUGGCUUUUGGAUAUUGCAAGGGUAGACUAAAGGAGGCCAUGAGAUUUGUAUACAAGAUGAAGGAUCUUGGCGUUCAGCCUAAUUUGGUUCUUUUUAACUCACUGAUUAAGGGAUUUGUGGAGUUGAUGGACAGAGAUGGUGUUAACAAGGUUUUGAUGUUGAUGAAAGAAUUUGGAGUCGAGCCAGAUGUGAUUACUUAUAGCACAGUAAUGAAUGCUUGGAGCAAGGCUGGAUUCAUGGCAAAGUGCAGAGAAGUUUUUGAUGAGAUGGUGAAUGCUGGUAUUGAACCCGAUGCACAUGCGUAUAGCAUUCUAGCGAAAGGUUACGUCCGUUCGCAAGAACCUAAAAAGGCUGAAGAACUAUUAAAUAUCAUGACUAGCUACAGAAAACGUCCAAACGUUGUUAUCUUUACAACCAUCAUUAGUGGAUGGUGCAGUUCUGGCAGAAUGGAUAACGCCAUAAAGAUCUUAAACAAAAUGUGUGAAUAUGGAGUUUCUCCUAAUCUGAAGACAUUUGAGACUAUAAUAUGCGGAUAUGGAGAGGCAAAACAGCCAUGGAAGGCAGAAGAAAUGCUUCAAAUAAUGGAGGAAUAUGAAAUUAAACCUGAGAAAUCUACCAUCUUAUUAGUUGCAGAAGCCUGGCGCUCUAUUGGAUUGACAAAAGAAGCAAACAGAGUUAUAGGCAUUAUGAAACGCAUGGAAAGCUCUGACCAAACAGAGACGAAGAACGAGAUGCAGGCGGAGAACUCGGACAAGUUCUAUAAGAAGCAGCUUUCUGGUACCUCUCAUACAAAUAUAUUGCAGGUACCGAACGCGGUUGGUCAAAAAGGCUCAACCACUGGAAAUAAAAGAAACCGUGUCUUAUUAAGAGAUGUUGAUUCUUCUUUAGAAUGUUCGUGGCUAGCAACAAAAUCCAUUUACCAAUCUCGCAUUUGCAAGUUUGGGGAAAGAUUUCCUAUCAUCUCUCGAAAGCAGCCGCAAGCACAAAUUGGUAUGUACAGUCAUUUCACACGUUCAUGUUCACUUGUGACACUGAUAUAAUCAUUUCACACAUUCAUGUACAGUCGUGACAUUGAUGUAAAGGUCAACAUAGAUGAAAUAUUUUUCUUUCCUGGCAUUAAGAUUACUCCAUAAGAAACUUGUGUCGGAGGUAAUCAAGACUAUAUUAGUAAUCAGUUGGGAAAGUUGAUGGGAUAUUUUGUUAAAACUUAGAAAUAGAGGAAGUAUGGAUGGAGGCUGAUGGAUUCAUUUGGUGGGUGAAUUAUGGCUUCUAAGUUCCUCAAAUUACUUAGUUCAUUAGUUCCUUAACAUAUUUUGGUUCUAAUUUGUCA